AAGAAAAGCAUCCUUUUAACAUUUAUUAGUUAUUAGGGAAAAGCAUGCUGCUGAAAUGUUUUGCAGCGUUUUCCUAAGAGGCGGAGCAACAUGGCAUGUUCAGGCUGUCAUUCAUUCAAGGAUCAAAGAGCAAACAUUCUGGCAUUUGGGGGAUUUUCUGGAAAGCAGUCUCCUGUAGGUCACUGUGCAGGCCCCCUGCAGCUGAUCACAUUAUUUUCAACUGGAUGUGCUGCGCUGACCUUCAGUGUGCACUCCACUAUGGACCGCAAAAGGGAUGACUGGCACAGAACAAAAAGGGAAAGGGAAACCUAUAUACUACACAAUGAUGGAUGACAGGCAAGCUAUGCUUCACAUCCUUGAGGAGCCUCAGAUGCGAAGAGAAGGGGAGAGACUUCGAACUUUUCACAACUGGCCAGCAGAUGCACCUGUCACAUCUGGAGAUCUGGCCAAGGCAGGAUUUUUCUUUCUAGGCCCUGGGGAUAAAGUACAGUGUUUCUGCUGUGGAGGGAUUUUAAGAUGCUGGGUACAAGGGGAUAGCCCAGCCACUGAGCAUAAGAGACAUUUCCCUGCUUGCAGCUUCAUUCUGGGUCGAGCUGUAGGAAAUAUCCCACUUCAAGCUGACUCCUCAGAUUCUGUGGAUGGACAGCUUUUGAGUCAGCUCCAGAGGAUGACUAUGGAUGACCAGGGAACAGCUGGGCAAGCAGUCUACCCAGAGAUGGAAGCAGAGGAUUCGAGGCUCACCACUUUCCACAACUGGCCCACCGAAGCCUCAAUCCAACCCGAUGUUCUUGCCAGAGCAGGCUUUUUCUACACAGGUCACGGUGACAAUGUCAAAUGCUUCUACUGUGACGGAGGGCUGAGGAACUGGGAGCCAGGCGACGACCCCUGGCAGGAACAUGCCAAAUGGUUUCCACGAUGUGAGUUCUUAAUCCAAUCGAGGGGGCAGGAAUACAUCAGCAACAUACAGGACACUCAUUUCCACCUGAAUGACACUAUGGGAGGAUCACAGACCUCCUCGAGUAGAGAUAUCAGCUCCAGAGGCGAUCUGGUCGGAGGUCUGGGAGCUUCAUCGGCCAUGCUUUCUCCUGUGGUACAGACUGUGCUCCAGAUGGGCUUUGAAGCCAGCCUGGUGGAGAGUCUGGUCCAAACCAAGUACCUUCUGACAGGCCAGCAUUACACGUCUGUAUCUGACCUGGUUACUGAUGUACUGCAGGCGGAGGAGGAAGACAGACAGAGGAGGCCUCAAAGCAGAGAGCCAGAGAUGAGGCAAGGCUCCAGUGCUGGAAAUGUACGAACACAGACACCUGUCAGAGGGAAAGUAGUGAAGGAAAACAGUCCAGAGGAGCUGCUGAGGCAGCUGCAGGAGGAGAGGACCUGUAAAGUGUGCAUGGACAAGCUUGUGUCCAUUGUCUUCAUCCCCUGUGGUCAUCUGGUGGUUUGUGGUGAUUGUGCUGCCAGCCUACGUCACUGCCCCAUCUGCAGAGCUGUCAUCAGAGGCAGCGUCCGUGCUUUCAUGUCCUAAGGCUGUAGUGAAAAGCUACCCCUAUACAGGUGUUGCAUGAGU